GGCGGCAGUUCACCCCGUCCACCUCGCUCACACUGCUGUAAUAGUCCUUGCUGUGCCUCUGGCAUUUUGGGGAGCUCUUCACUCGCUUAACAAGAGCGCAGUGGCUGACGCGCUGAGACCUCUGAGGAGGCGUGGCUCCAGACCGGAAGAACCUCCGGUUACCAGGGGAACGCCACGCACCCAGGCGCCGGCCCAACCACUGAUGCUUGGGCUGGGGCAGAGGCUACCCCUUCAGCCAACUUGUGGAGGCGGCGUCGCUCAGGACCAGGGAUCCUUUCUAUGGAGGCCUGAAGAGGAAGGCUGAGGGACGCCCGCACCAGAUACCUAUCCCAGAGACGGAUACGAGUGAGUGCGUCCAUUCCUGUUCUCCCGGGCCCGCAGGACUAACCUCGAAGACCAGCUGGUUUGUAAAUACGUGACUCACAUUAUGGGAUUGCUAGACAGACUUUCAGGCUUGCUUCGCCUGAAGAAGAAGGAGGUUCAUGUUUUGUGCCUUGGACUGGAUAAUAGUGGCAAAACAACAAUCAUUAAUAAACUUAAACCGUCAAAUGCUCAAUCUCAAGAUAUAGUUCCAACAAUAGGAUUUAGCAUAGAGAAGUUCAAAUCAUCCAGUUUGUCUUUUACAGUGUUUGACAUGUCAGGUCAAGGAAGAUACAGAAAUCUCUGGGAACACUAUUAUAAAGAAGGACAAGCCAUUAUUUUUGUCAUUGAUAGCAGUGAUAGAUUAAGAAUGGUCGUGGCCAAAGAAGAACUUGAUACUCUUCUGAAUCAUCCAGAUAUUAAGCACCGCCGAAUACCAAUCUUAUUCUUUGCAAACAAAAUGGAUCUUAGAGAUGCAGUAACAUCUGUAAAAGUGUCUCAGUUGCUGUGUUUAGAAAACAUCAAAGAUAAACCAUGGCAUAUUUGUGCCAGUGAUGCCAUAAAAGGAGAAGGACUGCAAGAAGGUGUAGACUGGCUUCAAGAUCAGAUCCAGGCUGUGAAGACAUGAAAAGAUAGUAUUUGGAAACCUCAACAAUUUUCAAUUCAAGGAAUAUAUAUGAAGGCAAACUGAAUACUUUAAAUUUUUUGAAAGUUGUUUUCACAUCUAAGAAUACUUGAUAAUGUUCUGCUUGUAUUUAUGGACUCUGAAUGAGGUUUUUAAGAACAUAGGACUUCAGGUAUGCUAAUCUGGCCAUUAAUUGUAUAAAAACUAAAUCUUUCCUAUGAAGGGCUCCCUCCCCAGAAUUAUCAACUUCUUGGUAAAGGUCUACAUUUGAUUGUAAUUACAAUGUGUAAAGUCAGAGUUAUCUCAGUAUCUCAUCAUAAUUUGUAUCAUUAAUGCAUUUUUUAAAUUGUCUUCUAAAAACUUAGCUUAUAAUAUGACUUUGUAGUAUGAUUGUGCUUGUGAAAAGUAACUUUAAAUAUUUAUAUGGGACCAUAGGUAUUUAAUAUAUUUAAAGUUUUACUGUAUGUCACCAUCAAUAAAACAUAAAAUGUAACGUACCAGCUAGUGUGCUUUGUAUGCUGAAAAGAAUAAUGCUGUGUUAAUAUGGUAUUUGGCGUUUUACUGUCAAACAUUUGUAAAUUAUCUGAGACCAAGUUAAAUUGAAUUUAUUUAUUUAGUGAAUAUAUAGGAAACAUCUCUGUACCUAUACUAGUUUGGCAUUAUCCUAGGCAAUGGUGGUGCAAGGUAAAUGAAACAUAUUCCUUACCCUCAGGGAACUUAAAAUUUAAUAAGGGAGAAUUUGAGAAUCUUUUCAUACAUAGUAUCUAAUUUUAUUUCUUUGGCUGGAUGAAAAUUUUACAUUUUAAGAGGUAUAAAAAUGAAUUAAUAUGAUUCUUCUGACUUCUUUCUUCCUGUGAAAUGUCUCCAGUUUACUGUGGUACUUUGUUAAAAUAGACUGUGACUCACCACUAUUUUUCCCUGAGCACAAACUUCUACAAAAAUAUUAUUUAGAAUUUAAAACAUAUCUCUGCCAUCUACUGUAUGCAAAUUGUGUUACUUCUCACAACUUAGAGACUACUUAUAAUUGUAAACUCUAAAUAGAAGCUUUCAUUUUUAAUUAAUCACUGGAAAACAGUGAAUAGAGCAAUGGUGUGAAUGCUGAAAAAUAUUACAUAUAAAGAAGUGUAAUAUAUAGUGUGUUACAUCUUAAAUAUCCUUAACUGUGAAAAUGAAAAACAAAAGGCAAAAGUUAAGUGAGUAAUAAAGAUGCCUUAGAGGGCCAGGACAGGGAGGGUGGGAGGGAGUCGCAGGAGAGAGGGGUUAUGGGGAUAUGUGUAUAAAUACAGCUGAUUCACUUUGGUGUACCUCAAAAGCUGGUACAAGAGUGUAAAGCAAUUAUAUUCCAAUAAAGAGCUUAAAAAAAAAAGAUGUAUUAUGGAAAAUACAGUAGGUGGUAUGUUUCACAGAGAUUUGAAUAAUUUUAAAAUUUCAGUAAAAGUUCUAUAAUCCAGUUUCUCUUAGUCCAGAAAUCCCAGUGAUUUGGAAUUUGGCAAAUUGAAAGUUAUCCAGAAUACUCCAGUAAUCCAGCAUUUUAGCCAGCUUGCCAGCCUCUCAUAAAUUGUUUUGAUGAGGAUACAAAGUAAAUCUCAUUAAUCUAGAGUUGCCUCAUAUAUAAAAAAGACAUGAAGAUGAAAACACUGUAAUUCAACAAAAAAACUGAUAUGCUGUAACUAUUUUAGGAAGAUGAAGAAAGGGGUGUUUUAAGAGAAUUCAAAUCCUCAUCUACCAUUAGGUAACAAUAACAGUAAUAAUAGCUAUCACUAUAUUUUGAACAAGAUAUUACAUGUAUAGGAUUUCAUAUUAUAUACUCCUCACAAUAACCUUAUGUAGUAGAUUCUAGUAUUUGUUUUAUAGACAAGAAAACUGAGGCCUAAAAAAGUUGUUUAAGGUCAUAGAGCUAGUAAUCGUGGUGCUGGGAUUCAAAACCAAACAGUCUGUUUAAAAUGGAUGUUUCAAGAGCUAAGACUAUUACUGAUUGUAGAAAUAUAGAGAUAUUAUGCCAUAAGAAUAACUAAAAGGAUGGAAAAAUCUCUCGCUUGGAGGGGGGAGACCAGGAUGGGGGUGGCAGAGGUCAGGGACAAGGGGCUACUGUUUUUUCCUUAUUGCUUGUCUUAAGUCUAUUAACACUUCAACAUUUAAACUCUGGGUAGAUAUGACUAUGAUAAAAAUAAUUCUUAAAACUGUGUUGAUUUUUUGAUACUAGAUUAAUUAGUAUUCCACAAACUAUAGUAAUUCACACCUGUGCAAAUAUGCAGAAGAGAGUAGUUUCCUUUGUUUCCAUGAUCUCCAGAUCUAGUUUAUAGUCUGUAAACGUCCAUUCAUAGUGUACAUUUUCACGUAAAGAUUGUGUAGAAGCAAGUUGGGCUACAGUGGUCACAGCAUGCCAUGUAAGUGUGUAUACACUGAAGUUAUUGCAUUUGUAUUUAACAUAUUAUGCAAUUAAAAUAUAUUGCGUUAAAGCUCAAGCAAGCAUUUUGUUGUUGUUGUUUUAUGUCUAGGCAUCACUGUGUUACAAAGUUUAAUUUAUUAAGUUCCACAUUUCAAUAUGAUGCAAAAUGUUCCAAAGUUAGCCUAUUGUAUGUUUUUCAUUUAAAUAUUUAUGAUAUGGCCCUAUUCAGCCUGUGCCUAAUAAAUCACAGAAGAGCUGAGUUGUGUGUGUUUAUGUAUAAAAAAUAUAUACACAUGUGUAUAUAUAUUUAAAAUAUAUAUAUAUUUUAAGUUUAGGCUUUGAAGGUAAGCCUGGUUUUUGUUUUUCAUUUUUAUAAAUUGUUUAUUUAUCAGUUUAUUAGCUGCAUUGGGUCUUCGUUGCUGCAUGCAGGCUUUUUCUAGUUGCAGCAAGUGGGGUCUACUCUUUAUUGCAGUGCACAGGCUUCUCAUUGCAGUGGCUUCUCUUGUUGCAAAGCAUGGGCACUAGGCACACGGGCUUCAGUAGUUGUGGCAUGCAGGCUCAGUAGUUGUGGCUCAAGGGCUUUAAAGCGUAGGCUCAGUAGUUGUGGUGCAUGGGCUUAGUUGCUCCACAGCAUCUGGGAUCUUCCUGGACCAGGGAUCAAACCUGUGUCCCCUGCAUUGGCAGGUGGAUUCUUAAGCACUGCGCCACCAGGGAACUCCUAUAUUUUUCAUUUAUAGGUUGUCUGCUAAAAAUUAUGAAUUGUCUUCUGAUUACUUGUUAUUUUUUUCCCUUUGAAAUAUUUGUCCCACUGUAUUGUGAUUUCCAUAAAUAUAUGCACUUACUUUAGAGAAAGCUUAAGGCAAAUACAUCCU